AAUAAUUAAAUCAAAAAUAAAUUAAAAAAUAAAAAUACCUGUACUUUGUGUGUGUGGGUGUUUGAAAGCGGCUCGCACUUCCGCAUUUCGUAUUGAUGCCAAUGACUCUUUUCAUGUCACUUUGGAGUUGUCGGAAGUUCCCAAACAUUUGAUUGAAUUAAUUCGUGUUAUGAAGGCCAGGCCGCUUGUUCGCCAAAGUCGAGAGCGAAUCUAUUGAAAUGUAGUGCUGUCGCCGCCAAGCUUUUCGGUACACGAACUGUGAUAAAACAUGUAUACGAGCGAUAAACUACUCUGAAAAUAAUACGAACACACUACCACACACACGGAAACCGUUAUUCAAUCGAAUUGAAUACGCUAGAAAAAGUAUCGAGAACUCACGAACGAGAUUUUAAUAUCAAAAUCAGCGCGUUAAGUGGAAAACCGGCAAGCUGUCUGCGCUAUCGAUUCGGAACUUUUCAGCAAACAUGCUGAACAAUCUGGGCGCCAAUGUCUUGGGUCCCAAAGAUUGUGAUCUACCCAAGGCCGCAAUCACGGCCUUGCACGCCGGCGUCAACAGUUUCGGCCAAUUGCCGCCGAAUGCACAGAACCCGGCCGACGCGGUGCUGAACGGCGGCGGCGGUGGCGGCGGGGCGCGGCUGCACGUCACUGGCGGCCUCUGCGACACGCCCAAUCCGCAUCACAACAAUAACAACAACAAUACCAAUAACAACAACAUGCAACAGCAGGAUCAGAAGCGGCAUCGCACACGCUUCACGCCCGCUCAAUUGAACGAGCUGGAGCGGUGCUUCUCGAAAACACACUAUCCGGACAUUUUCAUGCGCGAGGAAAUUGCGAUGCGCAUCGGACUGACCGAGUCCAGAGUGCAGGUUUGGUUUCAAAACCGGCGCGCCAAGUGGAAGAAGCGCAAGAAGACCACAAAUGUCUUCCGCACGCCGGGCGCGCUGCUGCCAUCACACGGACUGCCGCCCUUCGGCGCCAACAUCACCAACAUUGCCAUGGGCGAGGGCCUCUGCGGUACCGGCAUGUUCGGCGGUGAUCGCUGGGGCGUGGGCGUAAAUCCGAUGACUGCAGGUUUUGGUCAACUAAAUCAAUCUUCGCCGCUCUCAUCUACAAUAAAUAGUGGUCUUAAUUCGGGUAUUAACAUUGGUUCCGCAAUGGGUGCUGGCAGCUAUCAGCAUUAUGGACUAAACGCUUUAGGUGAUUCGAUGAUGUAUCAGCACACGGUUGGUGGCGUUAGCUGCGGCGCCAGCGGCUCGCCCACCACGACCACGCCUCCGAACAUCAAUUCGUGCUCAUCGGUCACACCGCCACUGUCGAAUCAGCCGAACGCGGGGCCAAACGACAUGAAUGGCGACCAAAUGGGUGGUCCACCACAUCAUCAGCAACAACCACCAACGCCGCAACAGCAACAACAGCAGCAGCAACAGCAACAAGCCCACCAACAAAAUCACCACCAUCAACAGCCACCACCACAACAACAACAGCAGCAGCAACAACAACCCCAGCCACAACAUCAAGAACAUACGGCAAAUAAUGGUGGCUCCCACAUGGUGCCACAUUGCCACCAAUCCAUGCAAUCGCCAUCAGAUGGCGGCAAUGUCGGCGAAGAAGAUGUCUGGCGAGGACACAGUAUAGCCGCCUUGCGGCGCCGCGCUUCCGAACUAAACGCCACAUCGGCGAUUCCAUCGUAUUUGCAUCACGCGGCAGCCGCUCACAACAACUACGAACAUCACAAUUCGGUCUACUGAAAUUUGUUGAAGAGCUUUGAAAGCUUUUCGGAUUACGGUUUUCCCAGUUGUGGGAAUCAUGAGUUCUAGCAUGUGACCAAAGCGGAUGUUGAUGGCAAUGGUGGUAUGGCGCAAGGGUGGUGAUAUUAAAACAACAACCCGGUUGAGGAUGACGGUUACGUGAUGGAAUAGAAGAAAGUUGAAACGCACAGCAGUUCGGCAGCCACUGGGCGCGCAGCAGAGUACAGUGACUGUAAGGGCUGUGGUGAAGUUAUAUUUUUUGUUGAAAAGUUUACACAGAGCCUAGCAAAGAACCGAACGAAGUAUACGUAAAAAGUGAACUGCAAGCAUAAUGCAAUUUUAAAAUUAAGAUUCAAAAACAAAUAAACUUGUAUGCACUGUAUUAUGACUUAAAUUGUUUGUAUGUAAGUACUAGAUUAAAAUAUAUACACAGAAACGAAAAUAUACUGAAAUUGUGAAAGGACGGAGGUAGCAGAGGUAUUGACCAAUACUUAACUGAAACAGUGAUUUUUUGAUUAUUUUUUUUUUUUUGGUAUUUUAAAGAGACAAGCGUUUUUAAGUUCGAAAGUCAAUAGUUUUUCGCACACACCUUUGUUUUUAUUUACUAUCUGUGAAAAUGUUUUGUCUUUAAAAUAAAUAACUUCCUGUAAUAGUUGAAAACAUUGCUACAUACAACCCCAGUAUCUUAUAUACAGUGACGCAAAAGUUGAUUGCUAAAAUUCUUAUUCAAAGAUUUAAAAUGAAAUAAAACUUUUCAGAGCUAAAAAGUUAGAUAGGAAAAUAAGCAAUUUUACCAAAUCCAUUUUCAAUUUAACGCUACACCCGUGUAAACUUCUGAGUCACUGUAUCAGCUGUCAGUUUCGAUAAUUGAAACUAAAAAUUUGUUGCAAAAAAUAUUUAAAAAUUAAAGUGUAUAUAAAAAUUUGGGUUUUGUUUAAAAGUGUCAUACUCUACUUAAGCAUAUACUUAACGAAUUAAAAAACGCAAUUAAAGACUAUAAAAUGUAAAAGAACAAAUGUAUACGAAAUGAAGAGCAGUGAACGAGUAAUUAUAAAUUAUCAAAUUAAAUUUAAACUUAGUGACUAUAUUUACAUAUAUCUAUAUACAUGUUCCCAAGUAAGUUAUUACAUAAUUAGGUGCUAAGUAAAUGUUAAUUAAAUUCACAUAUAAAUAAAAAAUCACAAUAAAAAGCCGAGCGGAACAAAACAAAACAAAAGCUUCUGAAAAGGGACAAACAUAAUUCUAUAUACAAAGUUACACGACUAUGCACGAAGUAUACGAAGGAAAUAUUAUUCAAUGUCAGCAUAAUAUGAGCUUAUGAAAUUUUCUUUGAGAAAUUUGGAAAAAAUAAUUAUUUGAAUCUGCAAAUAACAAAACGACUUUUUUGUGGCUAUUGGACUGAAACAAUUUUUUCAACAGGUGAAGUUCUAAGAAAGUAAUUUCUCUUUAUUCGAAGUUAGUCUCAAAAAUAAAAACAAAUUUUUUGUGCGUUAUUCGAAGUUAGUCUCCACAAUUUGAAUAGUUUUGAUAUGAAGUUAAUUGAAGAUUUAUUAUUAAUUAUGUACAUAUAUAUAGUUAGUCCUGAGUAAGAAAAAAUAUGGGCAUUAUCCACGUUUUCCUCUCAUUUGAAGGCUGUAUAAUAUUUUUCGGUCAGGACAUUGACAGGUGUUAUAAAGUUUCAAAGUCCAGUCAGUAUUUUUAAAAUAUAAAAUUUUUAAUUGUAAUAGCAAGAUCCGAAUUUGUUUACAUACAUAUAUUAACUAUGCUGUAAACGAAAAUUUUUCCAAUUUUUUAUGUUUUCGAAUGUCCGAUUGUUUCUGUUCUAUAAAAUUGUCCGAAAAUCUGUUAACCAGUUAACUUUGCGGAUUAAAUAAGCGGAUUCUGCUUAUAUUCUUAUUUUUUUUUUUUAACUAUAAUAAAUAAAAUAUUUCCAAUAAGUCAAACUUCGAACUUCAAAAAAAACAACAAAACAAUAUUUCGAAAUUGGCUAGCUCCGAAAAACGAAAAUACUUUUUCCUUGAUAACUGUACGUAAUAAACUUUUCCCUAUAAGUCAAAUUUCGAAUUCCAAAGAAAAAAUUUCGAAAUCGACCAACUUCGAAAAACGCAUAAAAAUACUU